AUGAAGCUUCUCGCCGCUCUUUCGCUCGCUGCCCUGGCCUCUCGAGUCUCGGCCCAUGGUUACGUCGACAACGCCACCAUUGGUGGUCAAUAUUAUCAGCCCUACCAGGACCCCUGGAUGAACCCUGCCCCCCAACGUAUCUCCCGCCCCGUCCAAGGGAACGGACCCAUCGAGGACCUCACCCUCAUCGACCUCCAGUGCGGCGGCUACACUGCCGGCGGCAUCUCAGGUUCCUCUCCCGCGCCACUGCAUGCCCCGGCUCCGGCCGGUUCCACUGUGAGCCUCCGCUGGACGCUUUGGCCCGACUCGCACGUCGGCCCCGUCAUCACUUACAUGGCCCGCUGCCCCGACACUGGUUGCCACAACUGGAUGCCAGGAACGCAACCUGUCUUCUUCAAGAUUCACGAGGAAGGCCGUCAAGGCACCUCGAACAACUGGGGUUCCACUCCUCUCAUGAGCCCCGGAAACGACUACAAGUACACCAUUCCCUCGUGCCUUGCUCCUGGCUACUAUCUGGUCCGCCAUGAGACCCUCGCACUUCACGCUUCUUGGUCGUACCCCGGCGUCCAGUUCUAUCCCAACUGCCACCAGCUUCAGGUCACAGGGUCGGGUAGAACUAUCCCCUCGAAUAACCUCGUCAGCUUUCCGGGGGCCUAUUCUCCCAGUGAUCCUGGCGUCACUUACAAUGCUUAUAUGCCCCAAACAUACACUGUUCCUGGACCUCCUGUUUUCAGAUGUUAA